GAAUCAGCAGCAAAGAUGCCGCUGUACGAGGGGUUGGGCAGCGGCGGAGAGAAGACGGCGGUCGUCAUAGACUUGGGGGAAGCAUUUACUAAAUGUGGAUUUGCUGGGGAAACAGGGCCACGAUGCAUUAUUCGUAGUGAGAUAAGAAAGCCUGGCAUCUCUGAGCCUAUAAAAGUUGUCCAGUACCAUAUUAAUACAGAAGAAUUGUAUUCAUAUCUAAUUGAAUUUAUUCACAUGCUUUAUUUCAGGCACCUUUUGGUGAAUCCCAGAGAUCGCCGUGUUGUUUUGAUAGAAUCUGUGCUGUCUCCGUCUCACUUCAGGGAAACACUCACACGUGUUCUUUUCAAGUAUUUUGAGGUUCCCUCAGUGCUCUUUGCUCCAAGCCAUCUCAUGUCUCUUCUAACCCUUGGAAUAAACUCAGCCAUGGUUUUGGACUGUGGAUAUGCAGAAAGCUUAGUGCUACCUAUAUAUGAAGGAAUUCCAAUCCUUAGCUGCUGGGGAGCUCUUCCCUUCGGAGGCAAAGCGAUUCACAAAGAGCUGGAAUCACAGUUGUUGGAGGAGUGCACAGCCAAUACAGGAACAGCCAAGGACCAGAGUUUGCCAUCUGUAAUGAGCAGUAUUUCAGAAGAAAUAGUGGAGGACAUUAAAGUGCGCAUCUGCUUUGUGAGUGACCUCCAGAGAGGACUAAAACUUCAAGCAGCAAAAUUUAAUUUGGAUGGCACUGCUGAGCGCCCCGUGCCACCACCUGAUGUUGACUAUCCUUUGGAUGGACAAAAGAUUUUGCAUGUUAAAGGUUCUAUAAGGGAUUCUGUUGCAGAACUGCUUUUCGAGCAGGACAAUGAAGAGAAGUCUGUUGCUUCCUUAAUACUGGAUUCACUUGUUCAGUGCCCAAUAGAUACAAGGAAACAGCUGGCUGAAAAUCUGGUAAUUAUAGGCGGUACUGCUAUGUUGCCUGGAUUCCUUCACCGACUUAUGGCAGAGAUACACUACUUGGUGGAAAAGCCAAAAUACAAAGAAACUCUGGCUACCAAGAUCUUUAAAGUUCACACUCCCCCUGCAAAGCCAAACUGUGUGGCAUGGCUUGGAGGGGCGAUUUUUGGAGCUCUUCAAGAUAUCCUGGGGAGCAGAUCUGUGUCUAAAGAAUAUUAUAACCAGACUGGACGUAUACCGGAUUGGUGUUGCCUGAAUAAUCCACCUCUUGAGAUAAUUUUUGAUGUUACCAAGUCUGGACCCCCAAUGAUGAAAAGAGCUUUUUCUACUGAGAAGUAAAUGCUUUGCCUUGCCUCGCCAAACCUUGCUUUGCUUGAAGAUGCGAUUCUUCUGAAAGACUGAUAUUUAUUACACAUAACAAACCUGAAAUUGUUCUAACUGUAAAGCCUUGGGUUUAAUGUUGCCUUUUUUUAAAUUUGUUUUACCUCUGUAGCAAAUUUUAGGAAAUCGUCAAAUGAUCCUUGUAAGCCAAGAAUGUCCAGUCUACCUUACAAAUUUCCUUCUCAACCAGCUAAGGAGGAUGGGAAUUGUGGUGGAAGGACAGCUGGAGGGAUGCAGCUAGUAUUCCCUCUUACAUUUGUGUAGGUUGUGGACAAACCUAUUAUUUUGUGCAUAUUAUUAAAGCAAUGUGCAGAAUGUCUGCAUUGUAAUGGACCUAAAUAUCAUAUUGGCAUGGAAACCCUCAGAGCAUAUUAUACUGUUAGUUUAAUGUAACGGUGCCUGGGUAUUUAACAUAUUGACACAUAUUUUAAAGGAAACACUGGCAACAACACGGACAUCUCUAUUGUAAACAUUCCUUCUUAUCAAACACUAACCCAAAUACACUUGAUAAAUAAUAUUAAUAUAUGUAUAUAUCAUCCCAUGUUUUGCAAUUCAGUCACAAUAAACUCCAGAGCAGCGCACAA